GAACAUUCCUUUAAUUUGCAAUUAUAGGUCAAUUUAUUCGCAUUUUUAAUGGGGUUUUAUCAAGAUUGUAGCAGCAUUAACUGUUUGGUAGCUCAAUCUUGACUUGUCUGCACAUUUAGACUUUAAUGCUUUUCAUUUUCACUGAACUAGAAAGGGUCCACCCAUGUAAUUUUCUUAUUCAUGAUUAGCCAAGAACGUAAAAUGGGUUGCUUCAAGAUUGUUGGAAACUUGGCUCCAUUUUGAAGUCACUGUUAAAUGGGUUUCUUCAAGAUUUUUGUGAUAGUGUUGGUUAUUUGCGCUUUCUUUAUAGCAAAUACUUAUCAGUUACAGUCCUAUGAAAUUCAAGCUCUUCUUCAGUUGAGGAAGCACUUGGAAUAUCCAGUUCAGUUGGAUGUUUGGGAGAAUUACCAUGGAGAUUUUUGCAGCUUGACUUCAACACUGCAUAUGAGCAUUACCUGUCAAGAUAACUCUGUUACUGAACUCAAAAUUAAAGGAGAUAAGUUAGUUAAGUUGAAUGAAUUUCAUGGAUUUGCAAUUCCAAACCAAACAUUAUCUGAGGGUUUCUCCAUUGAUUCUUUUGUUACCACAUUGACAAGGCUAAGUAGCUUAAAGGUUCUUACUUUAGUUUCUCUUGGUAUUUGGGGACCCCUUCCUGAUAAAAUUCAUAGGUUAGCUUCACUUGAACUUUUGGAUAUGAGUUCAAAUUUUCUAUUUGGUUCUGUUCCUUUUCAGAUGUCAAGAUUGAUUAAGCUUCAUACUUUGACAUUAGAUGCCAAUUUUUUCAAUGAAACUUUCCCUGAUUGGUUUGAUUCUUUACACAAUCUUACUAUAUUAAGCUUCAAGAACAACAGGUUGAAGGGUCAGUUUCCUUCUUCAAUGUCUAAAAUCACAACCCUCACUGACAUUGUUCUGUCACACAAUGUGCUUUCUGGUAAAUUGCCCGAUUUAACGGCCUUGUCUAAGUUGCUUUUGUUGGAUUUAAGGGAAAAUCAUUUGGAUUCUCAAUUGCCACCCUUGCCAAAAGGACUUACCACAGUUCUUCUUAGCAGUAACGUUUUUACGGGUGAAAUCCCAGUAGAAUUUGGCACACUAAAUCAACUUCAACACCUUGAUCUGUCGAAUAAUUCUCUCAGUGGAAUGCUGCCUGCUGGCUUAUUCUCUUUGUCUAGCAUUAGUUACUUGAAUUUAGCGUCUAAUGUUCUUAGUGGUUCACUUCCUAGCCAGCUCAAUUGUGGGGGUGAACUUGGUUUUGUUGAUAUUUCUGAUAAUAGAUUAGUUGGUGGGCUUCCUUCUUGCUUGAACACUAUUUCAGAUAAGCGAAUUGUCAAGGUUGGUGGAAAUUGCUUGUCUCUUGACACUCAAUAUCAGCAUUCAGAGGGCUAUUGUAAACAAGCUAAUUCGGAUAAGAAACAGAUCACAGGAAAACAAAUAGCAUUGUUGGCAGGUGUUAUUGGGGGAAUUGUAAUUGUUGUGGUGUUUCUGUUAGUUGUCCUUUUCAUCUUCCGUAGAAAACGACAUGCGCGUAACAUGGUGGAUAAGCACAUUCCUCCGAAAGUUGUGCAAAAUACACAGCCCAGGGUUCCCUCUGAACUCCUAGCAAAUGCCAGAGUCAUUUCUCAAGUGGCAAACACAGGAUCACAAGGUGCCCCAUCAUAUAGAGUGUUCUCCAUGGAAGAAUUGCUAGAAGCAACAGAAAAUUUUGAUCAGUCAGCAUUACUUGGUGAAGGGUCAGUUGGAAAAAUUUACAAGGGAAGAUUAGAGAAUGGAGCUUACAUAGCUGUAAGGUCACUAAAUGUGUACAAAAGAUACUCUAACCGGAACCUCAAACUACGAUUGGACUUACUGUCAAAGUUUCGUCACCCCCAUUUAGUUAGCCUUCUGGGUCACUGCAUUGAUGGUGGAGCACCAGAUGAUUCAACUGUCCCCAGAAUUUUUCUCAUUUAUGAAUAUAUCUCUAAUGGAAACUUCCGUGCUCAUCUAUCAGAAAAUAGUUCAAGAAGGAUCCUCAAGUGGUCAGACAGGUUGUCGGUGCUGAUUGGUGUUGCCAAGGCAGUGCACUUUCUUCACACAGGUGUAAUUCCUUCUUCAUUUAGCAACCGCUUGAAAACGAGUAACAUAUUGCUUGAUGAGCAUAACAUGGCAAAAUUAAGUGAUUUUGGGAUGUCCAUUCUUAUGGAAGAAAGUGAAAAGGCAAAAGGAGAUGACGUCACCUCCUGGCAUAUGACAAAGAAAGAGGACGAUGUUUAUAACUUUGGUUUCAUAUUACUGGAGUCGCUGGUUGGCCCUUCUGUCAGUGGAAAAGGAGAAGCAUUUUUGAUGAAUGAAAUGGCAUCCUUUGGUAGCCAAGAUGGUCGACGCAGAAUUGUGGAUCCAAUAGUGCUAGCCACUAGCUCCAAUGAGUCAUUGUCAAUUGUAAUAUCCAUCACCAACAAAUGCAUAUCUACAGAGUCAUCAACUCGCCCCUCGUUUGAGGAUGUUCUCUGGAACCUACAAUAUGCUGCUCAAGUUCAAGCUACAGCUGAUGCAGAUCAGAAAUCUGAUGCUACUUCACCGUCAUAAGCUAUUUGAGAAGUACAACUGCAUCGAAUCAACGAUAUUUAAUUUGGUCAGAGCAUAGGAGAAUGUUAGCUGAUUAAUUUCAUGAUGGUUGUGGGAGUACCAACCGGUAGGCUAGCCUUAAAGCUCAAGUUUAAGCUACAGGUCCUCCCAUAUUUU